AUCUGACUAACUUCACGCAAUCCCCAGGCUGCUAGAAGGAAAGGGAGACAUGGCUGAAACCAUAGCUGAUACAAGAAGGCUUUACACCAAGCCUCAGAACUUAAAUGACGCCUAUGGACCUCCGAGUAACUUUCUAGAGAUUGAUGUAAGCAACCCUGAGACGGUCGGGGUGGGCAGAGGCAGAUACACCACGUACGAAGUCAGACUGAAGACCAACCUACCCAUCUUCAAGCUGAAGGAGUCUUGUGUACGGAGGCGGUACAGCGACUUUGAGUGGCUCAGAGCGGAGCUGGAGAGGGAGAGCAAGGUGGUUGUACCACCUCUCCCGGGGAAAGCUCUUUUCCGGCAGCUUCCUUUCCGAGGGGAUGAUGGCAUAUUUGAUGACUCUUUCAUAGAGGAGCGGAGACAGGGUCUGGAGCAGUUUCUCAACAAAGUGGCCGGUCACCCUCUAGCUCAGAAUGAGCGAUGCCUGCACAUGUUUCUACAGGAUGAGUCUGUUGACAAGAACUACACCCCAUCCAAAGUCAGGACUAUUUGUAAGGUCUGA